AUGUGUAUACUGGUUGAAAAUGAAUAUAAUCAUGUUUAUUUACCCUUUGUUGAUGCAACGGCUUCCUCUUCUAGAACGCUGAUUGUUCCUAGUCCACUUCCAUCUUCAGAAAAAGGGGAUGAUGAUGACGAUAUCAUUGAAAAUGAUAAAGGAAAAACUGAUGAUGAAAAUAAUACUGCAGAAACACAUUCAUAUAAAGACUUGAAACAACAGCCAUACUACCAUCAUCAUCAUCAUCAUCACCAUCAUUAUUCGUUUCCUUAUUCAGUUCAACAAACAGAAUGCCAUCAACAACGUCAUUACCGUAGAAUGACAAAUCACCAUCCAUUAGACAAGAUUGAUAACCUCAACAAAACAUCUACUUCUUUGACAAUACCCAUUCCAUUCUCCUCCACCUUUACCACCAUGGAUACAUCCUCCUAUCCUUCCAAAUCCCAUCCAAUGCUUACCCAAUCAUCAUCAUCAUCGUCAUCAUCAUCAUUACCACAUCGACAGCAUGAACCAUCAACUACCAUAUCAAGAUCCACUUCUUCUUGCUCUGCCUUCAUCUCCUCACAAAAAAGAGUCAAGCGUUGGAUCAUAGCCACUUUGAUGAUCAUCGUCGGUCUUUUGAUUGCAUUGACCUUUAUCCUUAUUGGUUUGGGGAAAGCUUUCAGCCGUCAACAGCACCAGCCAUCCUUACCUUCUUCGUCCUCAUCAUCAUUACGACAACCAUCAGUCACUCCCAUUACUACCACCAUCACUUCUAUGACUUCAUUCACCUAA